AUGGCUACUGCCACUGAGUCUGUGAAGGAGCAGUUGGUGGAUACACUGCCCAAACGAAUCAAGGAGCUCAGAUUUGGAGUCGCUUCAAGCCAAGACAUAGUCAACCAAGGUGUCGUCGAAGUAUGUGAUCGAGCGCUGUAUGAUCUAGCUCGAGAAAGAGCCCCUGCAACGAAUGGCCCCCUCGAUCCUCUUAUGGGCAUAUCUGGCAAGGUUGGAUGCUGUCAAACAUGUGGAGAGCCCAUGCAAAAAUGCAAUGGUCACUUCGGAUAUGUCAAGCUCGCACUUCCAGCCCUACACAUCGGCUAUCUCAAAAAAAUCAUCACGGUUCUACAAAACAUCUGCAAAGGGUGCGCCCGAACGCUUCUUACUGAGAAGGACCGCCGAGCUUUCCUUCGGGACCUGCGGAGACCCAAUAUCGACAAUCUACGGAAGAGUCAGAUUUGCAAGAAAGUCAAUGAGCAAUGCCGGAAGACCAGAUCCUGUUAUUAUUGCGAUGAGAUCAAUGGACGGGUCAAGAAGGCUGGGACUCAUCCCUUGAGGAUAAUCCACGAACAAUUCAGCUACUUCGACAAUUCCAAAGCGCAGAAGAAGAUACCGCCACCUGGUAAGAUUGCAUUUGACAAAUCAUUCGAAGCUGCUCGAAAAGUAGCCGAGGGCGUGGGGAGAAAUUUUAUGAAAGCUGCAGAUGAUCUCAAUCCUCUGCGGGUCCUCAAUCUUUUCAAAAAGAUCAGUGCAUCAGAUUGCGAGCUUUUAGGCAUGGACCCUGCAGAAGGCAGACCCGAAAUGUUCAUAUGGCAAUACUUUCCCACUUCGCCCGUCUGUAUCAGGCCUUCAGUCCCACAAGAUGGCGCUACAACAGAGGACGACCUCACAUCCAAAAUAUCUGAUAUCGUACACAUCAAUACACUCCUUGGCGAGGGGAUUGUGACGGGUCAGCCAGUGGGAACGAUCAUGGAGCAGUGGGACUUUCUGCAACUCCAACUCGCGAUGAUAGUCAACAGCGACGCUCCCGGCGUUCAGCCCCCACAUAGCUAUGCAGUGCCAAUUCGAGGUUUCUGCCAACGGCUAAAAGGCAAGCAAGGUCGAUUUCGAGGAAACUUAUCUGGCAAGCGUGUGGACUUUUCCGGUCGUACAGUCAUUUCGCCAGACCCAAAUCUUGGGAUCGAUGAGGUUGCUAUCCCUGAGCUUGUCGCGAAGAACCUUACGUAUCCCGAGAAGACAUCCCGGUACAACAUAUUGAAACUGCGAGAGCGCGUGAGGAAUGGGCCAAAUAAGUGGCCUGGAGCCAACUACAUCUGGAAGAAGGACACAGACAUCAAACAGUACUUGAAGUACGGCAGACUGAACGUCCAUGCAGACAAUCUCAAGAUUGGCGAUAUCGUCGAGCGGCACCUCAUAGACGGUGAUAUUGUACUGUUCAACCGCCAGCCUUCCUUGCACAAGCUCAGCAUACUCAGCCACUAUGUGAAGGUCAGACCACAUCGGACGUUUCGCCUCAACGAGUGCGUAUGCAAUCCGUACAACGCCGAUUUUGACGGAGACGAGAUGAACUUGCAUGUACCGCAGACGGAAGAAGCUCGUACGGAGGCCAUCGAAUUGAUGGGAGUCAAGCAUAACCUAGCAACACCCAAGAAUGGAGAACCUAUCAUUUCUGCCAUUCAAGAUUUCAUCACUGCUUCGUAUCUGCUCAGCAACAAGGACAACUUCUACGACCGAAAAUCGUUCUCGAACAUUUGCUUGUACAUGGUUGAGGGAAACAUGCAAAUUGACUUGCCUCCACCAACUAUUCUGAAACCGGUAAUGCUCUGGACUGGAAAACAGGUCUUCAAUGUGAUGAUGCGCCCAAACAAGGACUGCAAAGUCCGAGUGAACUUGGAUGCAGCGUGUCGACAGUUCCGGGUAACGCCUGGGGUAGCUCGCGACCUGAAUGAGAACGAUAGCUGGCUUUGCAUACGCAACUCGGAGAUCAUGUGUGGUGUUAUGGAUAAAUCGACUAUUGGCUCAGGGAAGAAGGAUUCAGUCUUCUAUGUGAUAAUGAGAGACUUUGGCCCAGACGCUGCCGUGCAAGCUAUGAACCGCCUGGCAAGACUCUCGGCUCGCUGGCUUACAAAUCAGGGUUUCUCGAUCGGUAUUGGCGACGUCUAUCCUGGUGAAAAGCUUACAAGUCUGAAGAAACUGCUCGUUGAAGGGGCUUAUGGCGAGUGUGAUGCGCUUAUCGAACGAUUCAAGCAUGGUCAUCUUGCUAAAGCCCCUGGUUGCGAUGAGGAACAGACAAUGGAGAAUUUGAUUUCUGGAAUCUUGAGUAAGGUUCGACAGCAGGCUGGAGAGCAUUGUUUUGCAGAGCUCAGCAGGUGGAAUUCACCCAUGAUCAUGGCUACAUCAGGAUCGAAAGGCUCCAACAUCAACGUCUCGCAGAUGGUAGCCGUUGUGGGACAGCAAAUCAUCGAUGACAAACGUGUCCCAGAUGGUUUUCAAGAUCGGAGUCUUCCUCACUUUCCAAAGAACGCCCGCCAGCCGCCCUCAAAGGGAUUCGUACGAAACAGCUUCUUCUCAGGCUUGACCCCUUCAGAAUUCUUCUUUCACGCCAUAUCUGGUAGAGUAGGUCUGGUUGAUACUGCCGUCAAAACUGCAGAGACCGGUUAUAUGUCUCGAAGGUUGAUGAAGUCACUCGAGGACUUGUCGACGAGAUAUGACGACACCGUGCGCAAUUCUUCUUCGAAUGUUGUUCAGUUUCAAUUCGGAGACGACAAGCUUGAUCCCCUUGAUAUGGAGGGUAAGGCGAAGCCUGUACAUUUCGAAAGGACCUUUACCCAUGCAGAGGCCACAACUUGGGACAACAAAGACCGAACUCUACUGCCUUGGGAAAUAAUCUCAAUGUGCAGUGACCAAUUACAACCACGCCGAACAAAUUUGGCACGCAAGUCUCUGAUGGGAGAGGAUUUGGAGUACCUUGAUCGAAGUGUUGCCGCCAUCGAUGAUAAAGAGAGUGCUCGAGAUUUCCUGCAGACUAUCGAAGAUUUUGUGUCUCGAAAAGCCCAUGAGCUAGCAGCGGCACGCAAGCGACUAGGGGUAUCUGAGGGUCUUCGGAAAAAUCACAUGCCCAGAUCUAGUCUCUCACAGGGAGAAAUGAAAGAAGCCAAGGAACAUGCGGAGCGUACUGCAAAGAUAUCAAGACCAGCCCUGAUAGCAUUUAUCGGGGCAUGUUUGGAAAAGUACGAUAAAGCCAAGGUGGAGCCAGGAUCCGCGGUGGGAGCCAUCGCUGCGCAGUCAAUCGGCGAACCUGGGACGCAGAUGACUCUGAAAACUUUCCACUUUGCUGGGGUGGCCGGCAUGAGCAUCACGCAAGGUGUUCCGCGAAUCAAAGAAAUCAUCAACGCUUCGAGGACUAUCAGUACGCCUGUCAUCAGCUGCGAACUCUAUAGUAAGGACAGCAUCACUGCCGCCCGCGUGGUGAAGGCCCGCAUAGAACAGACAUUUAUCAAAGACAUCAUUUACUACGUUGAAGAUACAUGGUCCCCUAAUGGGAGCUAUGUAACCCUGAAGCUAGAUUUUGAAACAAUUGGCCGUCUACAACUAGACGUCACUGUUCGAGACGUCACAGACGCGAUCGUGAGACAGAAGAAGCUAAAGCUAAACCAUCUCAAUAUCAGAUGUCACAAGGACUACAUCCGCAUUGAUAUCCAAGCUUUAGACAAGUAUAAGCGCGGCACCAAGAACACUACCAUCAAGGCUACCGCUAGAGAAGACACAGAGCUCUCCCUUCGUGUAAAUGCCGUCAAGCGCAUCCUUCCUAACAUCCCCAUCCGCGGAUACGCUGAGACUUCCCGUGCUAUCAUCAAGACUGACGAUCAUGGCAAGAACGCCCUGUUAGUUGAAGGUUAUGGUCUCCGCAAUUGCAUGACAACGCAAGGGGUGAAUGGACUUGCCACUAGGACGAACUCCGUCAUGGAAAUGCGCGACGUCCUCGGUAUUGAAGCAGCGCGAAAAACCAUCAUUGAUGAGAUAGGCCUCGUGAUGGGCGACAUGGACAUUGACCCGCGGCACAUGCAGCUGCUCGCUGAUGUUAUGACCUACAAAGGCGAAGUGCUGGGCAUAACGCGUUUCGGGUUGAGCAAGAUGAGAGAUAGCGUGCUACAGCUUGCCAGUUUUGAGAAGACGCCAGAUCACUUGUUUGAGGCCGCGUGGCAUAUGAAGAAGGAUAAGAUCGAAGGGGUCAGCGAGUGUAUCAUCAUGGGACAGAGCAUGAGUCAAGGAACGGGAGCUUUCAAGGUGGUGCGGAAGUUGAAUUUCAAAGAGGACGUUGUCGGCAAGAAGCCCACGGUCUUCGAAGAUGCUUGGGGGGAGACGAGGCCGAGAAGAAAACGAUGA